CACAUCCGCUAUAGUUAGAGUCCGUGCGGAGGCGGUGCGGAGCGUUUAGGCUCUGAGCGGUUGUAAAGCCAGUGUUUUCUGAGAGGCUGCGGCGGAGCCUCGAUAAAGAAGGCGCCAGAGGUUGGUAGCUUCUGUUAAGCACAUCGAGCGACGACAGCAGCCGGGAGUCAUGAGCGACAGCGGCGAGCAGAACUACGGCGAGCGGGAAUCCCGUUCUGCUUCCAGAAGUGGAAGUGCUCAUGGAUCUGGGAAAUCUGCAAGGCAUACCCCUGCAAGGUCUCGCUCCAAGGAAGAUUCCAGGCGUUCCAGAUCAAAGUCCAGGUCCAGAUCUGAAUCUAGGUCUAGAUCCAGAAGAAGUUCUCGGAGGCAUUAUACAAGGUCACGGUCUCGAUCCCGCUCUCAUAGACGAUCCCGUAGCAGGUCUUACAGCCGAGAUUAUCGCAGACGGCAUAGCCACAGUCAUUCUCCCAUGUCUACUCGAAGGCGUCAUGUUGGAAAUCGGGCGAAUCCUGAUCCCAACUGUUGUCUUGGAGUAUUUGGGUUGAGCUUGUACACCACAGAAAGAGAUUUAAGAGAAGUGUUCUCUAAAUAUGGCCCCAUUGCUGAUGUGUCUAUUGUAUAUGACCAGCAGUCUAGACGUUCAAGAGGAUUUGCCUUUGUAUAUUUUGAAAAUGUAGAUGAUGCCAAGGAAGCUAAAGAGCGUGCCAAUGGAAUGGAGCUUGAUGGUCGUAGGAUCAGAGUUGAUUUCUCUAUAACUAAAAGACCGCAUACCCCAACACCAGGAAUUUACAUGGGGAGACCUACCUAUGGCAGCUCUCGCCGCCGGGAUUACUAUGACAGAGGAUAUGAUAGAGGCUAUGAUGAUCGGGACUACUAUAGCAGAUCAUACAGAGGAGGAGGCGGAGGAGGUGGAGGAUGGAGAGCUGCUCAAGACAGGGAUCAGAUUUACAGAAGGCGGUCACCUUCUCCUUACUACAGUCGUGGAGGAUACAGAUCACGUUCCAGAUCUCGCUCAUACUCACCUCGGCGCUAUUAAAGCAUGAAGUUGAAGACUUUCUGAAACCGGCCCUAGAGUUGGGAUGUUUGUGGACAAUAUUUUUUAUUGUCUCCUGUUUAAAAAGUGAACAGUGCCUAGUGAAGUUAGGUGACUUUACACCUUUUAUGAUGACUACUUUUGGUGGAGUUGAAAUGCUGUUUUCAUUCUGCAUUUGUGUAGUUUGGUGCUUUGUUCAAAGUUAAGUGUUUUCAGAAAAGUAUGUUUUGCAUGUAUUUUUUUACAGUCUAAAUUUUGACUGCUGAGAAGUUUCUAUUGUACAAACUUCAUUUAAAAGGUUUUUCUACUGAAUCCAGGGUAUUCUGAAGAUCGAAGCCUGUGUGUAAAAUGCUACCAAAUGGCAAAAAGCAACAAUAAACACUUUGAUUUCUACUUUUCUUUCUAACAUACCAAUGCUUAGCAGAACUGUUCUAAGUUGUCGAUAGUAAAUUUAAAGACAAAAAUGCCCUUUUUCCUCUAGUCCAUGAAAAAUACCAUACUUAAAUAUAUCUGCAAAUAAGUGUUAAAAUUACGCUCUGUAACUCUGUACUGCUAGUAUUAGAACUAAAGAUUUCAAUACAGCAAAUGCUUAAUGCUUAUCUAAAUGUGGAUUUGUCAGCCUUUGUGUAUUCUGUAUUAUAUAUAGCAGAGAGUAAAAGUAAAGAAAAGAGUUACACGGUGCCUACAAAAGGCUAAAGCUUGUUACAAAGGUAACAACUAUUAAUUAUCAGCAAGUGACAAUACAUUCCACCACAAAUGUACUCUUGUUCUUCUAGCUUUUAGGCUAUAUGAAAAAACUGGGUGUUUCAAAGUACAGGAUAAGAAGGGAACACUACACCUGUGUCAUGGAUGAACUGAAGAAUUUGCCUGUUCAUUUUUUAAAUAGUAUUUUCAGGUCCUUUGCUUACCAAAGGAGGCCCUAUUUCACUCAAAUGUUUUGAGAACUGUGUUUAAAUAAACUCAAAUGAAAAGAGAAAAA